GACUUCUAAGAGAGAGAAAUGGCUGCCAGGCCAGGAUACCCUCCACCUGGUGCUCCCCCUCAGGGAUAUCCAGGACCCCCUGGUCCUCCCCCUCAAGGAUAUCCAGGCCCUCCUAGACCCUAUGGACCUCCACCUUCAGGAUAUCCUCCUCGCCCGGGGUACAAUGGUCCACCUAUGACUAGCAGUGCUGGUCCUAUUGGACCUCGCCCUAUGGUUCCAGGAGGACCUGGACCUCAGAUGGUUUCUCUUCCUCAGAGACAAGGGUCGAUGGGACCUCCUCCUGGAUCUAAACGACCAGCGGAUACACGAGGACCAAUGCCUCCCUCCUCUAAAUCCUCAAAGAAGAAGAAGAAGCUGGCUGACAAGAUUCUGCCGCAGAAGGUUCGGGAGUUAGUCCCGGAGUCUCAGGCUUACAUGGAUCUUCUAGCGUUUGAGAGAAAGCUUGAUUCUACAAUAAUGAGGAAAAGGUUGGAUAUCCAGGAGGCACUGAAGCGUCCUAUGAAGCAGAAGAGAAAGUUGAGAAUAUUUAUCUCAAAUACUAGUUUUCCUGCAAGGGAGGGGGAGGGAGAGGAAGGGAGUGUUGCGAGCUGGGAACUCAGGGUGGAAGGACGACUCAUUGAUGAUGACAAACGAGUGGAUCCUGCCAAGACGAAGAGGAAGUUCUCCUCAUUCUUCAAGUCUCUAGUAAUAGAGUUGGAUAAGGAUCUGUACGGACCUGAUAAUCAUCUGGUGGAGUGGCACAGGACACCUACUACUCAGGAGACGGAUGGAUUUCAGGUUAAGAGACCUGGUGACAAGAAUGUAAGAUGCACAAUCCUUCUACUCCUAGACUAUCAGCCUCUCCAGUUCAAACUAGAUACUCGUUUAGCUCGUCUCCUCGGGGUUCAUACACAAACCAGACCCGUCAUCAUAUCAGCGCUCUGGCAAUACAUCAAGACCCACAAGCUCCAGGACCAGCAUGAGAGAGAGUUCGUCAAUUGCGAUCCGUUCCUUAAACAGAUCUUCCAGGCGGAGAGGAUGAAGUUUGCGGAGAUACCGCAGAGAUUGAACCCGCUCCUCCACCCUCCAGAUCCAAUAGUGAUCAAUCAUAUUAUUAGUGUAGAGGAUCUACGACAGGCGGAGAACAAGAAAACUGCCUGCUACGAUAUUGAUGUUGAGGUUGACGAUAACCUGAAGACCCAGAUGAACAAUUUCCUGUUGUCCACUGCCAGCCAGCAGGAGAUACAGUCCCUGGACAACAAGAUACACGAGACCGUUGAUACCAUCAAUAGUCUGAAAACUAGCAGGGAGUUCUUUCUCAGCUUUGCCAAGGAUCCUCAGUUAUUUAUCAAUAAAUGGCUGGAGUCCCAGACAAGGGAUUUGAAGACAAUGACCGAUGUUACUGGAAACCCUGAGGAAGAACGACGAGUAGAUUUCUACUAUCAACCCUGGGCAACAGAGGGAGUUUGCAGAUAUUUCUAUGGAAAGAUUCAGCAGAAGAGAGCUGAGCUGGAUGCGAGCUUGGGAAUAAGAAACGCAUAGAUCGUGUUCAAUGUCCAAGAAACGACAAAUAUUGCUGUAUCAAAUCUGUAUUAAACUAUAGUUUCAAAUAUCCUAGCUCAGGUAUUCUGUAUCCUAUUUUCUUUAUCCUUUAGCCUGUAUCUUUUUUAUCCUAUAAUGAUGUAUCCUAUUUUCCUGUAUCCUACAUUCUGAUUCUAUUAUCCUUCAUCCUAGUUCUAAUAUUCUGUUCCUGUAUCCUGUAUCCUGAUUCUAGUAUCCUGUAUCCUGAUUCUAGUAUCCUGUAUCCUGGAUCUAGUAUCCUGGUUCUAUUUCUAGUAUCUGUAUAUUUGAUCUAGUAUCCUGUACUCUGAAAUCAUUUAACGAUCAUUCCCUCAAUCUAAACUAUCGUACCAGCAGUUCAAUAUUAAGAAGAAAUAUCUCUCAACAGUUUAAUGUAUUGUAACGUAUACUAGUAAUGUAUACUAAUUGUAUACUUAUUUUCUACUUUUUUUUAAGUAAUAUUAAAUAUGCUUACAAAUUGUAACCUAUGGUAUCUUUUUAUUGUUUAAUUGUAACAUUAAUUCAAUUUGGAAAAAGGAAUAAAUUGUAUUUCGACAUAA